AGCAAGCUGACUUCCAACAUAGAGAAUCGAUUAAUGAUCAGCAGAAAUAAUAAGUUCAACCCCCAAGCGAGGAGAAAUAUGAAGGUUAAUUACUCAACUGAUUUUCAAAAUCUCUGAACUCAGUUAUCUGCCCAAAAUUAUGGAAAGAGAUACACUUCUGAUUCUACAAUGAAAGAUUUGAAUAUUACGAAAUAUUUAACCGAAGUGCCAGAAUCACUCUCAAAAUAUCAAGGCUAUACUGAAAGAAAAUAUGCUUUCACUAAAUUGCUAAGUAAAAAUUCAAACAAAGUUAUUUCCCAAAAGCCAAGCUUCCCGUUGGAAGGAUCCUUCAGCACUAAAAGAAACCAUAAAUCCAAGCCCAGACCAAAGAAGCCUGAGAUGCUACCUUUAAUCUGUAACUUGCCUCAAGCGAGCAACCGCUUGACUGAGAACAGGUGGCAGAGUCCUGAGACUGCUGUCAACUUUGAUCCGAUUGAUUACUACUUCAACUCCAAAAUGUACUGCUCCAAAAUUACUCCAUUGCCAUCGUCACGUAGGAAGAAAGCACCUUUAGUGAGUUCUUUAAAGCCUCAAGAGGAUUUAGAGGGUAUUUAAGCUAUCACUUAAAAUAACCUCGAACAACUCAAAUGCUUUCGGUACAAAUCAAAAGGGCAUUCAACCAAAAGUACCUACAGGUCUUAAGUCAACUACUAAGCAUGAAAUUCAGUCACCUCAACAGAGAAAGCUUGAUGAAAUCCCAUUUAUUCAAUCGAUUAGACAAACUCGGCCUAUUGCGCCUUGCAAGAAACAUAUGAUAAAUAAUCAACGAGAUGUUCCAAGACAAACUUCUAAAAUUUCAAAAAUCUCGAAAAUGGUGAAGCAGAGAUCCUCAAAAAUCAGCAACUUAAAAAAGAAGAGAGGGAUAAAAUUGCAUCAUUAUCCUAACUCUGAACAGAUUACUGGGUGGGACACCAGUGAUGAUUUCGGAUUGAGCCCAGAAAUGUGAGAGCAUACUUUGGAGAAGACUCAAGAUCUCCAAGGCUAUCCUACUUGGGACAUGAGAUAACCCAGAAUUAAAGAGUCUUAUAAGUU